UGUCCGGCCUGGAUGGAGGGAAUGUGCCAGUGAGGGGGGGAAUUACGGAGCCGCUCAAGUCACCGGGAGAAAUAGGGGGGGAAGGGGCGGCUCAGCGGGGGGGUAGAUGACAGGAGGCCGGAGAGGGAGGGUACAUCCCCCCCCCCUCCCCACAAACCGAGAUUCUUCACCUCUGUCUUCAAUCCUGUGUGAUGGCAGCCUGGGGGUUACCCCAUGUCUCUGGGGUAGGGAGGGGGGGACACACAAUGGGCUGCCCUGAUUGCAUUCCCACUGCUGCUGCUACAUUGGGAUCUGACCUCUGAUUACUGGGAUUAGCGCUCACGGGAUGUUCCUAUUGGUCGCGGGCUGACCGAGGGGUCAUUGUAUUCACCAAGGACACCCCCCCCCUCCCGCGAGGAUGGGCGACUCGCUUGUGCCUACGUCGUAACCAGGGAAAUCCAUCUAUGCCCCCCUCCCCCCCCGUCUGGUACCAAGGGAUCACUAGCCGGGGGCACAACUGAAGUUUCACCAGCCGGGAACUCAUCUUCCCAUUCGUCGGAUCUGCUGUUACAGAAGGAGAGUCUACUAAGGGACGUCGGGCGUGAAAAAUGGAAAUAAAAUAACCGAUUCGCCAUAAAUGAUAUCUUCUCUCCGUUAAACCAACUGGUAAUUCAAGGACUUUUACCAGCAACUUCGGUCGAUGGGUUUGUGGGUCUUCGUGGACUGGUAGUAAGGAAAGUAUACUGGCAACUUCAGUCAAUGGGUUUGUGGGUCUUCGUGGACUGGUAGUAAGGAAAGUAUACCGGCAACUUCGGUCUAUGGGUUUGUGGGUCUUCGUGGACUGGUAGUAAGGAAAGUAUACAGGCAACUUCGGUCAAUGGGUUUGUGGUUCUUCGUGGACUGGUAGUAAGGAAAGUAUACCGGCAACUUCGGUCUAUGGGUUUGUGGGUCUUCGUGGACUGGUAGUAAGGAAAGUAUACAGGCAACUUCGGUCAAUGGGUUUGUGGGUCUUCGUGGACUGGUAGUAAGGAAAGUACACCAGCAACUUCGGGCAAUAGGUUUGUGGGUCUUCGUGGACUGGUAGUAAGGAAAGUAUACCGGCAACUUCGGUCAAUGGGUUUGUGGGUCUUCGUGGACUGGUAGUAAGGAAAGUACACCGGCAACUUCGGGCAAUAGGUUUGUGGGUCUUCGUGGACUGGUAGUAAGGAAAGUACACCAGCAACUUCGGGCAAUAGGUUUGUGGGUCUUCGUGGACUGGUAGUAAGGAAAGUAUACCGGCAACUUCGGUCAAUGGGUUUGUGGGUCUUCGUGGACUGGUAGUAAGGAAAGUACACCGGCAACUUCGGGCAAUAGGUUUGUGGGUCUUCAUGGACUGGUAGUAAGGAAAGUACACCGGCAACUUCGGGCAAUAGGUUUGUGGGUCUUCAUGGACUGGUAGUAAGGAAAGUACACCGGCAACUUCGGUCUAUGGGUUUGUGGGUCUUCGUGGACUGGUAGUAAAGGAAAGUACACCGGCAACUUUGGUCGAUAGGUUUGUGGUUUUUCGUGGACUGGUAGUAAGGAAAGUAUACCGGCAACUUCGGUCGAUAGGUUCGUGGUUCUUCAUGGACCGGUAGUAAGGGAAGUAUACCGGCAACUUCAGUCUAUGGGUUUGUGGGUCUUCGUGGACUGGUAGUAAGGAAAGUAUACCGGCAACUUCGGUCAAUAGGUUUGUGGGUCUUCGUGGACUGGUAGUAAGGAAAGUAUACCGGCAACUUCAGUCUAUGGGUUUGUGGUUCUUCGUGGACUGGUAGUAAGGAAAGUAUACCGGCAACUUCGGUCAAUAGGUUUGUGGUUCUUCAUGACGGUGGCUUUUCUGGACUGGCAGUAAGGGAAGUAUACUGGCAACUUCAGUCUAUAGAUGUUUGGUCACCUAUCAAGUUGCGUCUUCUAGACUGGUAAUAAGGAAUAUCUACCAGCAACUUUGGUAACAAGAGUCUGACAGCGAAUGUUCUUUGUACGGUUAUUAUUUGCACUAGAUGAAGGUUACGCAGGUUCUGCCGGCAACCCUUUUGUAGCGAGGACUUUCGAAAGUGGUGGAUUGAAUGGAAUGUUCCUACCUCUUCAUAUAAAUAAGUCGGGAGACUUAUCGAACUCUUACAGUCGUACUUGAGGAAUCCCGCCGACAUAUUUGAAAAGACAGAUGUUUUGUGGUCGGCCGACUUCGUGGGAGUCAUCCCGUGUUUGAAAGUAUUUAUUUUCUAAGGCAAAGUAUUACGGAAGCCCUGGGGCAAUUACAAAGAUACAAAAGUACAGUAGCCCUACUGUAAUCAGAAACAUUGGAUAAAAGAACUAAAUUGCUGGGGGAAAAACGUGACAAACUAAAGAAAGAUAUCCUGAAUGAAUUGCGGGUCAUCUUCACGUUUAUGGAGACGUUUGUAUGACGACGGGGACAUACCUGCGAUUCAAUACGGUUCAUUUGGAUUUCAGUUACACAUGGCGUUCCUGAGUGGCCCACGUCUUCUGGACUGGGCCAGCUCGCCGCCUCACCUACAGUUCAAUAAGUUUGUGCUGACGGGAUAUCGCCCUGUGGCCAGUGGAGCGGAAUGUAUGAGGAGCCUGUUCUAUCUACACAAUGAACUGGGAAACAUCUACACGCACGGGAUCCCACUCCUCGGGUUCCUUCUCUUGCUUCCUCUUCAGAUACCCUGGCUUCAGCUGUCUGUGCCAUGGCUGGGGUUAGUCCACUACCUGGCAUGCGUGUCUCCACAACUGGGCAGCGUUGUGUAUCAUCUCUUCAUGAACCAUCAUGGCGGGGCUCCAGUCUACCACAAACUGCUUACACUUGACAUGUGUGGGAUCUGCCUUGUCAACACGCUAGGUGCCCUUCCAAUCAUUUACUGUACCCUGCUGUGCUACCCAUCCACCAGGACUUUGGCGCUUCUGGCGUACUCGGCUUUAUCGAGCUACGUAAUCUUCUGUGCGGUCAGCGCCCACAGCAAUAUCAGUCGGCUCUGCUCAUUCGCCUGGCAGGCUGCCUUCCGCUUCUUCAUUUUUUACCUCCGCUGGGCAGACCUAGGUUUUGGACACCCAUCCUCACUGCGCUGCUACCUCUUGAUGGAUGGCCUAGCUUUGCUUGGUGGCAUCAUUAACAUUUCCCGUCUACCCGAGCGCCUUCACCCGGGAAAAUUCGACUACUGGUUCAACAGCCAUCAGAUCAUGCAUGUCUUGGUGGUGAUCAGCAUCCUGUAUUUGCACUGGGGCGUGACCUCUGAUCUCACUUGGAUCAGCAGCCACUCCUGCCCCUUGGACUGAGACUCUUCAUCAUGAGGGUUGAGCUCAUUCAUUCGUCAUACGAUAAUUCGAUUAGAAUGUCGGCAGCUUAGCUUUUAGGAAAAGCAGCAGCGUCGGAGCGGAGGUAGAGAUGCUCUCCGCCAUAUUGUAGCAUGCUGCAGGUAGGGUGAUGAAGUGCCCGAAGCAAGCUCCGCCCCCAGAAGAAAACCUUUUAUAAAGUACUGUAGAAAACUCGAAGUUUACCACGUCCUAGAUUAUAUGAACAAACACUGGCGUUCAUCACUCCUCUGCAGUAAAAUGCUGCCUCUGACAAAGACGGCAAAGCUAGAAUUUAACGAGACUUCUCCGGAAUCACGAUAAUAUCAUCUUUUUUUCAGACUCCGACAAGAAUUGUGUUGCCAGUGAACUGGCUGCUAAGGGUAUAUGGGUAUUACAGUGUUUACAUGACGACAGCCUCAAUCAGUCAGGGCUACAUUGAUUCACACGGUGGCACCUGUUUACGGUGGACUUAGGCGUUUGAAUGUUUUACCUCAAAACAUAUUUAUAUUUUAAUAUUUAUAGGGGAUGGACGGGAAAGGAGAUGUAGAACUAUAUGAAAGCACUCCGUUGACGAGUGACGCAGAUACGAAAAGCAGCUGUUACGUAGCAUUGCAUGGUUUGUAUCAGAGAUACUGUAAAUGCCACAGCAAACGGAAGUACUGGUUCUGUAGUGCUCCCAACAAGAUUAGCACCGCCGGUUUAUCACUGGCUGUUUGGUUGACUAUUGCAGCAGAAGCUAGGAUUCUGCAUAUGGCCAUUGCCUGUGCUAACAUCGGAAAAGCUAUACUAAUUUGAUUUACUGUAGGGUGCCUAACAUAAUGGGACCCCCCAGCGAAUGUGGUUUUACUUGCCCUUUAAAGGGAGGCAUAUACCUUCCAAAGUAGUGUUGCUUUUAACCAAAUGUAGGCAGGAUGAACUUGAGCAUUAUUUUGCUUGCAAUUUCAAGCUCACCAGGUGGAAGAUCCCCAAAUUUGCUUCUUCAUAGACUUCCAUGAUUAAUCUCUCCGACCCUACUAGUGCACCCCCAGGACAAAGUGAUAAUCACUUAGAAGCGCUUCUAAAUCUUGAACUAUGUGUGAUACAUAUCAAGGAGUGAGAAAAUACCUUAAGCAAUUUGAUUCCACCCAGUAAUAUACUGGGACCUCAAACAAAUUGGUGUUUACUUGCCCUUUACUAUAUACACUGUAUAGAAGUGUUGCUUCAAUCAGAUGUAGCUUUGGCGUACAGAGCAAAUUUAAGAAUAUGUUGCCUGUUGAAUUUACAUCUCGGCAGGAGGGACGAUGCACAAAUUUGCUUCUUUUUAGACUUUCAUGGUGACCCCACUGCUGGAAAUUGCUCAGCUGGCAAAAUGCUCAUAUUCUCCCCAUUAGUUUGUCUCCGAGGGCAUGAAACUUUGCUAAACAGCACUUUACCUGACCUCCCAAAGUCUGACUACAUUUGAUAGUGGCAAACAAAAAAUUGCACACUUUACUUAGUAUGUUUGACUUUAGCAUGAUUGUAAUUGGUUGUUUACUUUUGCAUCAGCUUGAAAAAGCUAGAGGGCGCAACAGAGUCCAUUUUAAGGAAGGUAUACAUCCUCUUUAAAGAGUGGUAAUGAAUUGAGAAGCUGUUUAUGCACUUAGUCCAUGUCAUCUUUUCCUCAAAACAAAGCCAGGACACACAGUGUUAAGGUACUUAACCGUACUGCAUUAUGGGUGCUUCUACAUAUGUCCCGUUGAACGGCUGGAAAUUAACCUCUAACGUUUUGCCCUGAUGUGGUGUAGUUCCCAUGGAUUUGCACCAAAAUAAAGAACAAGCUCUAGGUAAAGCACAAGGGAAAAGCGUUCUAUUUACGACUACUUUUUGGGAUUUCCUCCCAUUGCCCAAGUGUUCCGUUGGUAAGGUAGUCCUGCACUCCUGGCAGAGGAAACAGCAUGUCCUGUUGGUGGCUUGUGUUCCUGCCGAGGACAACAGUAAGCCUUCUGCAACUUAGUCGUUCAUCUUUGGUAUUUAUGUUUUUUCAGUUCAUAGGCCCAACAACGAAAGCAUAGUUUGCUCAAUGAACUGGGAAGACUUUAUCAAUCAAGUCCAGCUGCCAUUUUCCAUGUGGUAUCUUUUUCAUACAAUAUAAUACAAAUUUGGUACAAGAUGUGCUUCAAAAAGACAAAGGCAUAUUGUGAUGAUAAACCCUUUCGGGCUUCUAUGCAUUUCAGGGUGUGCUGUCGGGAAACCUACAGCACCCCCCCCCCAUUCCAUCUGCUUCAUUCACCUCCACCCACAAAAUAUUUAAAACAGAUGUGCUAUGCAAUCUUGUGCAGCUAUAUAACAAGUUUUAAUGUUCUUCAAGCUGGCAAUAUAAAGAGGGAACACUGUACCGCCGCCAUGUCCAAAAUACCCUGAACUUGCCUCAAAUCCAUCCUCCAGUAUUACUGUAUCUCCCUUCAAACCCCCUUAACCGUGAAUAAUGAAAGAAUAACCAGAAUUUCUGGGAGGGAGUACCCAGCUGUGCUCUAGGGUUACAUGGUGCAUUCAACAAUACUGUUUGAGGCCUUGGAAUUUUUUUUUUUUUUUUUAAUGUCAUUUUGCAAGAACCAAAAUGUCUGACUCCUAUCCACCUAGUAGGGCUGGGUACAUCUCACAGGGCUUUGCACGAGGCCAGUAUUAAUCAUGCAAUAAACUCCAUAUUUCUUCUUA